AUGAGAUUCCUGACGGCGUGGAUAUCGCUCCUCCUGCUUGCCACACUGAAAUUUGCUAGAGUGGCGGCGCAAACCUGCCAUGCCGAAGGUUCAACACUCUCGUCGUCCUGCGGCGGCGUGUGCGAUUCGUAUCAGCCGUGUCUGACCUACAAUGUGUCGGACAGCACGUCUUGCAACAGUUGUGUGGCCGACUCGAUCGGGGAUUGUAACUAUGUGUGCUACAAUAUCUACCGCGAUGUACCCGUGGAUGAGUCGCUCUUCGUCUUCUUCAUCACUUACGGUACGUACCAGAGCGAGGAGGAGCUAGAAGCUAGAGCCCAAGACUCCUCGUACGAUGCCAAUAUGGAAAGCAUCCCAGACAACACAAGCACCUACGCUUGGGCAAGCAACAAUAUCAUCGCUCGUAUCGAUGCACUGGACUUGCCAUCCGCUACAAAACAAGUCGUGUUGGCUGGAGGCACAAGCUUCGACUUGGUGUUCAAGUCCAAGGUGGUGAAUCUGCAGCUCGCAGAAGAUCUACUAACUUCUCAGGCGCAGGUAACCCAGGUCUGGUUGCUCUCAAUUAAUCUGAAAGGACAGAUUGGCACCGUCAGAGAUCUCCUCCCAUUCUCAACAACAUAUAUGAACCUCGCGAACACUCUGCUGCACGAAUUUCCAGCAAAUCUACUAUCGCUGCCCUCGAUCUCCUCGCUAGAUCUUAACCUGAAUUAUAUUACGGAAGUGAACUCCUCCAUCAGUUCCUCGAAGCUCACCACCCUUGGAAUGUCAUUUAAUGAAAUGACGUCCUUCGAGGGCGAUUUUCCUAAUCUUGCUGCUCUCACACUUACUGAAAACAACUUCACCGAGAUCCCCGCUAUCAUUUUUACUAUGACAUCGUUGACGUCGCUGUAUCUAACAGGAAACCCCUUCAAGACACCUAUACUCACGCUGGAUCAAGUCAACUUCCUGGAGAGGCUCACAGAUUUCGACCUGAUUGGAACUGAUUUUCAGGAGGAGACCAAAUGUGAAACUUCAGCGCAGCGCACCAUCCAAGGUCUUGUCAUUUGUGUCAGCGACUUCAUGGUGAGCUCGAAUUCAGCAGGAUCUGGCUCGAACGACGGCGGAUCAGGAUCAACACCGAACUCUAGCACGAUGAUAACUGUGGUUGCUGCAGUUGGUGGAGCUACGAUGGCUAUGACAGACCCCACCAUGCGUACUACUCGAGACAAUUACGACAACUUGUCGAUUUGGCGCGAUCCUGAACUUCUCUCUCUCCAGGUGAGCGUUGAGGACAUCCAGGAUGUCAAAUUGAUUGGGAGUGGUGCGUUCGGUGUAGUUUGGCUAGUCCGCUAUCGCAGCGCUCAACUUCUUGCUUCGAAGCGACUUCGUGAGGAUAUGGCGACGCGUGAAAGGGUGCAAGACUUUGUGGACGAAAUCAAGAUGGUUUCAAAGUUUAAUCACCCGAGCAUUGUCAAGUUCAUCGGUGCAGCUUGGAGUAUUGAAUCGGAUCUUCAGGCUAUAUUCGAGUACAUGGAGAACGGCGACCUGCGCACAUAUCUGUCGGCUUCCUAUCUGCCACAUUACUGGACACCUACAAAGUUUCAGCUGGCUAUUGAUACGAUUGAGGCGCUUGUCUACGUGCAUUCAUUCAACCCCCCUUUGAUUCACCGCGAUCUAAAAUCUCGAAAUGUGCUGAUCUCGGCAGAAAUGCAUGCGAAAUUGACUGACUUCGGCACGACACGCUACCGAUCGAUAGAUGGAACAAUGACGAUUGGGGUAGGAACUGGUAGGUGGCUCGCACCCGAGAUCAUCUCGGGGAGCACCGAGUAUGACCAGCGGGCAGAUAUUUUCUCCUUUGGGGUACUUCUGACCGAGAUUGAUACACAUAACCUCCCAUAUUAUGACGCCGUUGGACCCAGUGGUAAUAAGCUGGAAGAGGUAGCUGUGCUUCAAAAAGUGGCUAACGAUCAAUUGCGCCCGACGAUCAGUGCGUCAUGCCCACCAACCGUGAGAGAUCUUGCCAUUCUGUGCAUGUCCCACAGUCCACAAAGUCGCCCUCUUGCUGCGGAGGUGGCCUAUGUGUUGCGUACAGCACAAAAGGGGAUGACUAGUGCUUGA